AUGGGUGAGAUAUGGCAAAAGACGAAAGAGCUGUUGUCUAUCCAAGACAAAAUGUUGAGCUAUUGGCAGAGAAGGAAGGAGAUGGUCGAUGAUAUGAGUAGAGUUUUCAUGGGGAGCAGGAGUCACGAGGAAACUAGUGCUAAGUUUGCUGCGGAUGUCGAGAACUUAGAGACUGUGGAAACGGUGAGAGCGCUUGAGUUUCAAGAAGAGAUUUAUUAG